UACUACAUGGCAUCCAACCGGAUUGGGGCUGCGACCAAGCAGUGACCACAUACGUUUGCCUCGCGGCUGAGCUCAGCCUUUGUUUUUCGCGUACCGAGUCUUAAAGCCGGCUCUGCUUCAUAUGUCAUCCUACCGAUAUCUCCAGCUGUUUAAUUCAUGUUGGACACGACUCUGAUUUCUCUGUCUGCUAGGCGAGCUUUGAACAUUGGGAAGCAAUCACGAGCUGCAGCGCUGGGACUUCUCAUUUAUGAACACAUCAUCACUAUCGAGGACGAGAUUGAUCUGAUAUGGCUGAAGAAGAAGAGUUGGGUGACAUGUCUCUAUCAUUUUAACCGCUGGCUUCCAGCGGUAUGGCUCACAUUCGACAUGAUACAACAAAACCCGUAUAAUGCGAUAUCAUCCAAAGUAAUUCUCUUCAUACACCCUUCCACCGUCUUACGCUAACCAUUCAUCAAGACGUAUGUUCGUGUUACUAAGACAUCCAUAAGGUUGACUUCCUCCUCUGGUCUAGUUGCGUCACCUACCUGAUAUGCAACAAUACCAUUGCACUCCUUAUGACUAUU